UACAUUGAGUUUCGAAACCGCAAAACGGAUUGCUCUUUAGAUUCGUAGACUUUCUUUGAUAACGUGAUCCAAAACGUUAUCAUUUAUGCAGAAAGAAUUUAACGAAUUGCUCACUGAACAGGCCAUAAGUGGUGCAACGCUGAUUUUGUUUUCAAUGUAAAAUAUUGCUGAUAUUCUUUACUAAUAGUGGUUGAUUUGUCAAAUUAUUUAGCUUUUAAAGUUAAAGCAUUUAUUUAUUUAUUGUAAAAAUCAAGUAAUCAAUUUAAAAUGGCGGAAAAAAAUUCAGAACAGAGUAUUAUGGAUAAAUCCAUGAGAUCCGUUUUCGUGGGCAAUAUUCCAUAUGAGGCAACAGAGGAGAAGCUCAAAGAAAUAUUUAGUGAAGUAGGGCCUGUCCUUUCCCUUAAGUUGGUAUUCGACCGGGAGAGUGGAAAACCAAAAGGCUUUGGUUUUUGUGAAUACAAGGACCAAGAAACUGCACUAAGCGCUAUGCGCAACUUAAAUGGCUACGAAAUAGGUGGACGAACACUUCGUGUAGAUAACGCUUGUACGGAAAAGUCGCGUAUGGAAAUGCAGCAGUUGUUGCAAGGGCCACAAGUGGAAAAUCCAUAUGGUGAACAUUGUGAUCCAGACCAAGCACCCGAAAUAAUAACAAAGACUGUUGCAUCUUUGCCACCGGAACAAAUGUAUCUAUUAAUGAAAGAAAUGAAAUUAUGCAUACAGAAUAAUCCUUCUGAAGCUCGUCAAAUGUUGAUGUUAAAUCCGCAAUUAGCCUACGCUUUAUUGCAAUCUAUGGUGGUUAUGCGUAUCGUUGAUCCGCAGACAGCUUUGGGUAUGUUGUUUAAAGCAAACCAGAUGCCGCCGGUUCUUGGUGGAAACCCAUUGUCUGGCGGUGUGCAAUCACAAAAUGUGACAUCAAAUAUAAUGCAGCAACCACAACCACAACCGCAACCUUCUCAAGGAACACCAAUGAGCGGUGGUCCACCAUUGCCUGUACCUGGUCCUAAUUUCAAUGUUAUGCAAGGUGGCGAUAUCGAUUUACGUGCUAUGAGCGGUCCGGUAUUAGGUGGACCUGGUGUUAUGGAUCCAAGACAAAUGGAUCCACGUAUGGCACGUAACAUUGAUCAGGAUAUGCGCGCAAUGCCUAAUCCAGUGCCCCCACCACUUAUGGACCCUCGGGCGCAACGGCAAAUGCCCCCACAGGUCAACCCACAACCAUCAUUUCCGACAGAUCCACGGCAGCGGCAGAUUGAUCCACGUUUGCGUGGAAACACUGCUGGUCCAUCUGGUGUAUCUGGUCCGGUAAUGUCACAGCAGCAACAAACUGCUCAGCAACAGCUUCAGAAUCGUUUGGCUUCAAAUUGUGGAAUCCCAAACGAUGCUACCGAUCAGGAAAAGGCAGCACUGAUUAUGCAAGUAUUACAAUUAUCGGAUGAACAGAUUUCACAACUGCCGCCAGAGCAGCGGGCCAGUAUCCUUGUACUUAAGGAGCAGAUCGCUAAGAGUACACAGCGUUAAUAGUGCUUGUUACAGAACAUGAGGUUUUUAUGGCUAAAUUUUUAUUUUAUUUAAUAAAACCACCUAGUACUAUGUGAGUUAUAGAUACUUCGGACAUUUCAGACACAAUAAAAACUGUAACAUUCGAUUUAUAAAAUAUUUGUUAUUUGAAACUCAAGAAUGAGUGACCAGUGCUUGAUGUAAUUUUUGUACCGCUGUAUUGACCACUUGCCGCAAAUUUUCAUCUUCCGGACAAUGCACUUGCUAAAAUAAAA